AUGACGUCAGCGACUGCCCACGACGCAGAUGAAGAUAGGUACCCCGAAGGCGGGCUACAGUCAUGGUCUGUUGUAUUUGGGGCUUGGUGCGCGAUUAUCCCAUCGGCAGGGAUAUUAAACAGUCUGGGAGUCUUGCAGGCAUGGACAAGUACCCAUCAGUUGAGCGAUUACUCGGCCUCCAGCAUUGGUUGGAUCUACGGGGCCUUUAGCUUCUUUCUGUUCUCGGGGGGGAUGUAUUUUGGGACGAUUCUUGACUCUCACGGGCCGCUCUUGAUUCUGCUUCCGGGCACAAUCGGGGCAGUGGCUUCAUUGAUCUUUCUUAGUCUCAGCCAGGAAUACUAUCAAAUCUUCCUGGCCUUCUCCGUCCUGGGCGGGCUCUCUUUCAGUACGCUUCUAGUUCCCCCCGUCGCAGCCGUCGGCCAUUGGUUCAACGAGCGCCGGGGCUUUGCUACAGGGAUCGUGUUUACAGGCGGAGGCCUUGGAGGCGUGUCAUUUCCCCUGAUCGUCCUCUUCGUUGCUCCUCAAAUCGGGUUCGCCUGGUCCAUUCGGGUCAUCGCAUUAAUCACAGCGAUUCUGUGUGCUGUGUCAUGUCUAACCAUCAAAACCCGACUGCCUCCCAAAAAGACAGACUCCUUCUUUGAUCUCAAGGCCCUCCGCGACAUCAAAUAUUCCUCGACCUCGGCCGCCAUUUUCCUGGUCGAACUGGCCGCCGCCGUACCUAGCACGUACAUCGCCUCCUACGCUUUGCACGCCGGCAUCGACGAGAAGCUCUCCUACGCGAUGGUCGUCUUUCUAAACGCGGGCGCCAUCUUCGGCCGGUUCCUACCCGGCUUCAUCGCCGAUAAGUGGGGCCGAUUCAACGUGAUGGUCGUUACCUGUGUGAUGUGUGCGGUGUUCACACUAACUCUGUGGCUUUGCGCUAAUGGCCUCGCGAUGAUCAUUAGCUAUGCGGUCUUAUUUGGGUUCUGGAGCGGUGCUGCUAUCAGUAUCCCGCCGGUGUGUGUUUCACAGAUUUGUGAGAUCCAGGACUACGGGAAGCGGACUGGAACGACCUGGGCGAUUGUUAGUAUUGGGAGUCUUAUCGGUCUUCCAAUUGCCGGGGCGAUCAUUGAAUCAUAUAAUGGGGAGUAUACUGGGCUUAUCAUUUAUGCGGGAAUGCUUUAUGUCGCGUCUGGUGUGGCUUUUCUGAUUUCGAGAGGGAUAUGUGCUGGGUGGUCGGUCAAAACCAUCUUCUAG